AUCUGACAUUAAUCACAGUUCACAGAACUUUAUCGAAUGACUAUUUACUAUUGAGUGUAUGCUAUGUACUGUUGUAUACUUUACAAUACAUUAUUACACUUAAAGCUUCAUAUCUAGUAAAAAACGAUUUCUUACUCAUUUGAAUUAAAGAAAUCAUGGGGAACAUGUACAUAUGAAAACUAAACUGUAAUGAUGACAAAUAUAACAAAUAUUGAAGAUCACAUAGUAAUAAAGGCUGAACCGACUGCAUAUUACAUUAGUAAAUUCGUCACAGAAGCCGAAGAACAGCUGAUACUGUCAAACAUAUAUGCAGCACCGAAGCCUAAAUGGACACAGCUAUCAAAUCGUAGAUUACAAAAUUGGGGAGGUGUCCCACACAAUAAGGGAAUGAUAGCAGAAACAAUACCUACUUGGUUAGACCUAUAUCUCGAAAGAAUUCACAAAUUAAAUGUUAUGUGUGGUAGACGACCAAACCAUGUAUUGGUAAAUGAAUAUACACCAGGACAAGGCAUUAUGCCGCAUCUUGAUGGAAAUUUGUUUUACCCGACCAUAACAACAAUAUCAGUGGGCUCGCACAUAGUCUUAAAAUUCUUGAAACCAACUACAGAUAAUGAAAAAGUUGAGAUGCAACCAAUGUUUUCUUUUUUGUUAGAACCAAGGAGCUUGCUUAUCUUGCAAGACAAAUUAUUUAGUCAUUAUCUGCAUAGUAUUGAAGAGUUAAAUGAAGAUGUAAUAGAUGAUUCUAUUGUCAAUUUAAAUAUGUGUUCUGAUAAAUAUGUUAGAGGUGAGACAUACAAAAGGUGUACCCGGAUAUCAUUGACAAUAAGACAUGUUCCUAAAACAACUAGUUUCAAAAUAAAUAUUGGCAGUAUUAAAAGAUGA